CCGGAACAUCCAUCGAUCUCCCCCCAGCGGCGAGGAGAGCCGGCGGCCACAGGAAGGAGAAAUGGCUUCCGCACACAACGCUCUCCGGGUGUUUUUCAUCCUAGCCGUGGUAUGUGCCGUAUGCACAGCGAAAAGGACAGGAGCCAACAAGGAAGAAUCGGCGGCAGCCCCCGGUGGCGCUGCUGGAGGCAGCGGCGGGACGUUCGACAUCUCCAAGCUCGGCGCGACCAGCGACGGCAAGACGGACUGCACAAAGGCAGUCCAGGACGCGUGGACGUCAGCGUGCGAAGCGACCGGAAGCGCCACGGUGGUGAUCCCCAAGGGCGACUACCUGGUCGGCCCUCUCAACUUCACUGGGCCAUGCAAGGGGAGCAACAUCGCCAUCCAGCUGGAUGGCAACCUGCUGGGAUCAAACGACCUGGACAAGUACACGGCGAGCUGGAUCGAAUUGUCUCACGUUAACAACAUCGGGAUCACCGGCUCGGGCACGCUGGACGGCCAGGGGACCGCCGUUUAUAGCAAGAGCAAGACCGACAACGUGAAGGCGAUGCCCAACACACUGGUGCUGUUUCACGUGAUCAACGCCACUGUCGCCGGAAUCAAACUACUCAACUCCAAGUUCUUCCACAUCAACAUCGACAACUCAGAGAGCAUCACCGUGAAGGACGUGAACAUCACCGCGCCCGCCGACGUUGAGAACACGGACGGCGUCCACGUCGGAGGCUCCUCCAAGAUCAGCAUCCUCAACUCGACCAUCGGCACCGGCGACGACUGCGUCUCGAUUGGGCCCGGGUGCAACGGCGUCUUGGUGGACAGCAUCACCUGCGGCCCCGGGCAGGGCAUCAGCGUCGGCUGCCUAGGCCGCUACAAGGACGAGAAGGACGUGAGCGACAUCACGGUGCGGAACUGCGUGCUCAAGAACACCACCAACGGCGUGCGCAUCAAGUCGUACGUGGACGCCGAGUCCGUGCUGACGGCCUCCCAUCUCACCUUCGAGAACAUCAGGAUGGAGGAGGUGGCCAACCCCAUCGUCAUCGACCAGUACUUCUGCCCGCAGAAGGUAUGCCCUGGCAAGCGGAGCAACUCCUCGCAUGUCUCCGUCAAGGACGUCACGUUCCGCAACAUCACCGGCACGUCGUCCACGCCCGAGGCCAUCAGCCUGCUCUGCUCGGAGACGCAGCCAUGCAGCGGCGUCUCCCUCAUCGAUGUCAACGUGGAGUACGCCGGCAAGAACAACAAAACCAUGGCCGUCUGCAGCAACGCCAAGGGCACCGCCAAGGGAAGCAUCGAGGCACUGGCUUGCCUGGUCUGAUGAUGACCUUCCUUUUGCAUGCAUGCAUGGUAUCUCAUCCUUGAUGAUGAUCUAGCUCACUAGUUCUUUUUAAUUUCCGCUUCAUUCGCUUUUCCAAAUUCGAUUGUGUUUCAGCCAAGUUGUUUAGCGGGACAUCUCUUGUCUGAUCUUCCUGCUAAAUAGAGUUGGACUCCUAUAUAUAGAGGCCUUCCGGCACAUAUAAUAUACGUCGGACCAAUAUUAUUGUGAUC